AUGGGAGCCGAGGAGCACUGUGUCAGAGCCGAGGAGCACAGCGUCGGAGCCGAGGAGCACGGCAGAGCGGGGAGCUUCCCGAGGCGGCACGCGGGCGCUGUCAUGGAGGCCCUGGGUCGUGCUUCCGCCACGCCGCCGCCUGGUGCCCCAGCCCAGGACCGACCCCGGGGCGAGGACUCGGCCGGGCGGGCCCGCGCGGGGGGCCGGCACGGGACAGAGCCCCCCUUGGCGGUUCUGAAGACCGGAACCGCGGACGGCGCGGGCAGAGGACUUGGGCCUCCCUCUCGGGACCGCUCCACCCUGGGAACCACAGCACUUCUUGGUUGGGCGGUGGUUGAGUCGGGCCGGGCCCGGCUGAAGGUCCCCGCGGCCUCUCUCCUGCCCCACCGUGUCCCCCCUCCCCGCCGGCGAGCCGCUCGGGACGGGCUCCCCCGGGGCCGGCUGUGUGCGUGGGCGACGGGCCCUUCUCCUCCCCGGGGCGACGCAGCCCCCACGGGCGCUGUGGGCUGGAGUGGGGGUGCGUGGCACGGGCUGCCCGGGCCUUCGGCCACCACCGGGGGCUCCUGGGGUCCUGGCUGCCGCCUGGCACGCCAGGCGCUUCCCGGUGGCGUGGACGCCGGCCUUCCGAAGCGGGAGAAACCGUCCGUGCUGUCUCCCACCCUGCUGGGGCUGCCCUCGGACGCCGCGUCUCCCCGCUGUGCUCUCCCGAGUCACCGGGAGCACAGGCGGGAGGCAGCGGGCUUUGAUGAACGCCCAACAGUAUUGAGUUUCCACGCGCGGCUGGGCAAUCUCCCUGCCACAGCGAGACGGCCCUGCCCCUCAGGGGUGGGCGCGAGUCCCGGGGUCUCCAGCGAGCUGACCUGCGGGCAGGAGCAGGCGUUACCGGCUGAGGGUUCGAGUCCCGGGGUCUCCGGUGAGCUGACCCGCGGGCAGGAGCAGGCGUUACCGGCUGAGGGUUCAAGUCCCGGGGUCUCCGGCGAGCUGACCCGCGGGCAGGAGCAGGCGUUACCGGCUGAGGGCGCGAGUCCCGGGGUCUCCAGCGAGCUGACCCGCGGGCAGGAGCAGGCGUUACCGGCUGAGGGUUCGAGUCCCGGGGUCUCCGGUGAGCUGACCCGCGGGCAGGAGCAGGCGUUACCGGCUGAGGGUUCGAGUCCCGGGGUCUCCAGCGAGCUGACCCAUGGGCAGGGGCAGGCGUUACCGGCUGAAGGUUCGAGUCCCGGGGUCUCCAGUGAGCUGACCCGCGGGCAGGAGCAGGCGUUACCGGCUGAGGGUUCGAGUCCCGGGGUCUCCAGUGAGCUGACCCACGGGCAGGGGCAGGGGUUACCGGCUGAGGGUGCGAGUCCCGGGGUCUCCAGUGAGCUGACCCCCGGGCAGGAGCAGGCGUUACCGGUUGAGGGUUCGAGUCCCGGGGUCUCCAGCGAGCUGAUCUGGGGGCAGGAGCAGGCGUUACCGGCUGAAGGUUCGAGUCCCGGGGUCUCCAGUGAGCUGACCCGCGGGCAGGAGCAGGCGUUACCGGCUGAGCCCGCGGCCCGCAGACCCCGUCCGUCCUCCCGCCUGGGUGGGAACCGCGGCGUCUUCUCCGUUCCCCGGCGGUCAGACUCGCGGCGGGACCCCGGAGCAGCACCACUCUGCGCUUCCACGCGCGCGUGCGGCGAGAGGGGGCAGGAGCGGGCCGAGGGGCUUGCCCAGCCGCGGGGGCGGCCCGGGGGUGGGCAGCCGGGGCCCCUGGCCGAGCCGCUGGGGGCGGGCGCGUCCGCGUGGCCCCCUCUCACCCGCGGCACCCGCGGUGGCGGUUCUUCCCGGGAGGAGGAGGAGGAGGAGGACUCGGAGGCCGCCGGGCCCUCGGGGCCCCGCGCCGCGGUUCCCGCCCGAGGCUCUCUCCUGCGCCGUGCUCCCUCCUCGGCCUUUCUUUGGCACUCACAGCCCAACGAUGACGUGCCCAAAGACGGCUCCACCAGGGAGCCGCGCCGGGGCCCCCACUCUUCUGCCCGUCACUUGUCCGCACACCCAUUCACACCUCUGUCCGUCUGUCCAGGCAUUUGUCCAGACAGUCCUUCCCGAGACCCCGUCGCUCGACGGCAUCUGCUGGGUUCUAGAGAUUCGGGACGCCCCAGCCCGGGGGGGGGGGCUCGCCGUUCCCUGCAGGCGUUGGACAAACGCACAAACAGCCCCGAUCCGAGUCCUUCCUCUCGCGGGGCCCGUGGGCCGCUGGUCAACGGGAACCAAGAGGGAAACGGAGGCCCGGUCAACGGGAACCAAGAGGGAAACGGAGGCCCGGUCAACGGGAACCAAGAGGGAAACGGAGGCCCGGUCAACGGGAACCAGGAGGGAAAUGGAGGCCCGGUCAACGGGAACCAAGAGGGAAAUGGAGGCCCGGUCAACGGGAACCAAGAGGGCCUGUUCCACGCGGAGGACUGCUCUAAGGAGAAGAUCCCGGUUGGAGAGGGCCGGAAGCCUUGCCGGGAGGGGAAGCUGCGGAUCCGCCUCGUCGGGCUUCCUCGCAGCUCCGUGGAUGCCCCGAGUAUCCUGCACACGAGGAGGAUAGGAGGCGUUGCCUCUCGGUCUUUAUUUCUACAACUACGGUCGGGUUUAGAAUGCGAUGGGAACCGGUACACGUCGGAUGAAGACGCGUGGCUCGGCCCCGAGCCCCUGGCCCUGUGCGGGCAGCUGGAGAAGCGGAUUCAACAGCAGAACACGGGGAAGAGGCCCGUGCUCCCGUCUGCUCCUGUGAGCCGUGGGUUUCCUACACUGAGCCGCGGGACGAGCGAGGACAGCGGGCGACGGAUGCCGAGCGCCGGCCGGCGAAGGCGGCCUCUGCCCUCUCCCCGCCCGCCGCACACGGUCCCUGCUCACCCCGAACGCCGCGCUCGACGCCCCAAACCCGACGCCCCCGUGGAGCCCAUGCGACGCCGGAAGUCAGGGCUGGGGCUUCGACUCGAGCCCUGGCUGGCUGUGGCCACGGGCCCCAGCCCCUGGGUGUCUGUGCUUCCAGAGGUGGCUGCCUGA